GGGAUUAAUGCCAAGAAUCGGAAUUGAUCACUUCAACAAGGAAAGGCUUCUGGGCAGGCCUCAGCCGCAGCCGGACACUGAUACUGGUCUGCGCUCUCUGGGACCCAGAAAUGAAUGGGAAUCCCUCCUUAGGACCUGUGUGGCAGCCUGGGGUGCGUGUUUCCUCCUUGCCCCUGCAGUUUAGCAGAGGCCGCAAGUUCUACCUACCUGACCCAUUGCAGGUAGUUUACCCUUAUCUUGAGGCUUUGGAUUCUUUAGGACAAAGUCCGGGUUGGCCAGCACAUUGAGUCAGCACGUCCACAUAAGUUGCCUUUUGACAGAGCUGUGGCCAUGGCCGCAUGGUGAGACCAGCAUUCCAGACCCUGAGGCCAGAAUGAGUGAAGAAGCAUGCCGAACCCGCAGUCAGAAGCGAGCCCUUGAGCCUGACCUAACGGAGGAUGAUGUGGAGAGCAAGAAAAUGAAGAUGGAGAGAGGACCAUCAGAGUUGACCGUGGACGGAGGCACCAGGGUGAUGCCAGAGCUGGGUGCAGGCCCAGCCCAGGGCUUACUGAGGACAACAGAGGCCAUGGCCACAGUAUCAGGCGAAGGGCUGGCAGGAGACGGGCCUGUGGACAUGCGCACCUCACACAGUGACAUGAAGUCCGAGAAGAGACCUCCCUCGCCUGAUGUGAUCGUGCUCUCCGACAGUGAGCAGCCAUCAAGCCCAAGGGUGAAUGGGCUGACCACAGCGGCCUUGAAAGAUACCAGCACUGAGGCGCUCCUGAAAAGCAGCCCAGAAGAGCGAGAGCGGAUGAUCAAGCAGCUGAAGGAGGAGUUGAGACUGGAGGAAGCAAAGCUGGUCCUGUUGAAAAAGUUGCGGCAGAGUCAGAUACAAAAGGAAGCCACGGCACAGAAGCCUGCAGCUUCCUCAGGGAGCACCGUGACCACCCCUCCCCCACUCGUGCGGGGUACCCAGAACAUUCCUCCUGGCAAGACAUCACUUCAGACCUCCUCCACCCGAAUUCCUGGCAGCAUCAUCCCACCACCUCUGGUCCGAGGUGGGCAGCAGGUGUCUGCCAAGCUGGGACCACAGGCCAGCUCUCAAGUAGUCAUGCCACCACUUGUCAGGGGGGCCCAGCAGAUUCACAACAUCAGACAGCAUUCCUCCACGGGGCCACCUCCUCUCCUCCUGGCCCCUCGUGCCUCAGUGCCCAGCAUGCAGAUUCAGGGACAGAGGAUCAUCCAGCAGGGACUCAUCCGUGUUGCCAAUGUCCCCAACACCAGUCUGCUCGUCAAUAUCCCUCAGCCUGCUGCAGCCUCACUGAAGGGGACAACAGUUGCCUCUGCUCAGGCCAACUCCACCCCCAGCAGUGUGGCCUCUGUGGUUGCGUCUGCCGAGUCUCCAGCUAGUCGGCAGGCUGCUGCCAAGCUAGCCCUGCGCAAGCAGCUGGAGAAGACGCUGCUGGAGAUCCCCCCACCCAAGCCCCCUGCUCCAGAGAUGAACUUCCUGCCCAGUGCUGCCAACAACGAGUUCAUCUACCUGGUCGGCCUAGAGGAGGUGGUGCAGAACCUGCUGGAGACGCAAGCGGGCAGGAUCUCUGCCAGUGCAGCUGCUGCCGUGUUAUCCCGGGAGCCCUACAUGUGUGUGCAGUGCAAGACAGACUUCACAUGCCGCUGGAGAGAGAAGGGUGGGGCUGUCAUGUGUGAGAACUGCAUGACAUCCAACCAAAAGAAGGCGCUCAAGGUGGAGCACACCAGCCGCCUGAAGGCCGCCUUCGUGAAGGCGCUGCAGCAGGAGCAGGAGAUGGAGCAGCGGCUGCUGCAGCAGGGCGUGGGCACUGCCAGCAUCAAGGCUGAGCCUGCAGCCCCUCACCCCACGCUAAAGCAGGUGAUAAAGCCCCGACGUAAGUUGGCGUUCCGCUCAGGAGAGGCCCGUGACUGGAGUAACGGGGCCGUGCUACAGGCUUCCAGCCAGCUGUCCCGGGGCUCGGCCACAACGCCUCGUGGUGUUCUGCACACGUUCAGCCAGUCACCCAAACUACAGAAUGCAGCCUCCGCUACGGCCCUCGUAAACAGGACUGGCAGACAUUCCGAGAGAGCCGUGGGCACCAGCAAGGGCUCUACCUCCAACUGGAAAAAGACACCCCUGAGCACAGGUGGGACCCUUGCCUUCGUCAGCCCAAGCUUGGCAGUGCACAAGACCUCCUCGGCUGUGGACCGUCAGCGAGAAUACCUCCUGGACAUGAUCCCUCCGCGCUCCAUCCCCCAGUCAGCCACAUGGAAAUAGUGGGAGCCCGGCCCAGCCGAGGACAGGCCUGCUGCUCUCCCACGGCCUCUGGUCUAGGACACAGACUGCCCUCCUAGCAAGUUGCUGAGACAGCUCAGGCCUUGGCUGAUGCCUUGCUGUGGCCAGGAGACUUCUCCACCAUUGUGCCCAGGAUCAGAACCAGGGACCUUCCCCGUGGGCCUUCUCCUUCCUUUUUGCCUUUAGUUUGCCCGACACCAGCAGAAACUUGGACCUUGGGGCCAGCUCUGCCUGGCCUGCAUGGGUGGGAGCUCACCCUGGACACUGUGACAUGCCCGGCCAUGCUGGCACGGGGAGGCUCCCGAAGCUGAGCCGGGGUUUUGUUUUCUUUUGGCUUUUCCCAUCUUAGCUCCCCAGUCUGCCUCUUCAUGGCCAUCUAUAGGUUGAAGUUUGGGUUUGUUUUUGUUUUUGUUUUUAAUCACCUCACGAUGAUGAUGGAAUUAAAAGUGAACUGUGUAGACCCAGGGUUCCUGUUGUGCACAGUGCAGUCUGGCAGGCCCACAUAGCCCCAGAGGGUGCUCUGAGUGUUAGCACCCAGGGAUGGCAGGUGCCACCCUGUCUGUAGUUGUGUUUGUUGCUGCUUGCUGCAGCCCCUGGCUUCCACACUUGGCAGAAUGAAUCGCAGCUCAGACUCCGCCAGCCCUCUAGAGGCUCCAGAGAGGUGCUGGGCCCGCCAUGCUGGAUGGCCCAGAUGGCUGCUGGCAGGGAGGCUGCUGGGUUAUUUUGGUAGGUUAUUUUAUUAAAAAUUUAUUUCCUUUUUCUCUUCAUUUUGAUGGACACCAUCUUAAGAUGCCCAUGCCUGCCAAGAGGCACUAGUUGGGGCCCCGCCAGAACUCUUUGGUUGGGGGUCAACAGGGUUUACUUCCCACUCAAUCCACAGGGAUGCCGUGAUGCCGUAAGGCCGGGUCUACUUUAGCUUCGUUUUGUUUCCUCCUCCCCCACUCUUUAACAAUUGGUUCCGUGGUAAAAGGCAGAAGCAGCUGUGUGCGUGUCCUGCACGGUGGC